CUCGAUUAGGUAACCUUAAAGUUCACCAGCGCAUACAUACUGGUGAUAAGCCUUACUCCUGUUCUGACUGUGGGAUGUUUUUCUCUCGCUUAGGGAACCUUAAAGUUCACCAGCGCAUACAUACUGGUGAUAAGCCUUACUCCUGUUCUGACUGUGGGAAAUGUUUCUCUCAAUUAGGUUACCUUAAAAUUCACCAGCGCAUACAUACUGGAAAGAAGCCUUACUCCUGUUCUGACUGUGGGAAGUGUUUCCCUCUUUUAGGUUACCUUAAAAUUCACCAGCGCAUACAUACUGGUGAUAAGCCUUAUUCCUGUUCUGACUGUGGAAAGAGUUUUAUCUCAUCAUCUGGUCUUUCUAGACAUCAGUUAGUGCAUACUGGUGAGAAGCCUUACUCCUGUUCUGACUGUGGGAAGUGUUUUUGCUCAUCAUCUAAACUUACUAGACAUCAGUUAGUGCAUACUGGUGAUAAGCCUUACUCCUGUUCUGACUGUGGGAAGUGUUUCUCUCAAUUAGGUUAUCUUAAAGUUCACCAGGGCAUACGUACUGGUGAGAAGCCUUACUCCUGCUCUGACUGUGGGAAGUGUUUUAUCUCAUCAUCUGGUCUUACUAGACAUCAGUUAAUACAUACUGGUGAGAAGCCUUACUCCUGUUCUGACUGUGGGAAGUGUUUUAUCUCAUCAUCUAGCCUUACUAGACAUCAGUUAGGGCAUACUGGUGAGAAGCCUUACUCCUGUCCUGUCUGUGGGAAGUGUUUCAUCUCAUCAUCUGGCCUUACUAGACAUCAGUUAGUGCAUACUGGUGAGAAACCUUACUCCUGUUCUGACUGUGGGAAGUGUUUCUCUCAAUUACAUUACCUUAAAGUUCACCAGCGCAUGCAUACUGGUGAUAAGCCUUACUCCUGUUCUGACUGUGGGAAGUGUUUUAUCUCAUCAUCUGUACUUAUUAGACAUCAGUUAGUGCAUACUGGUGAGAAGCUUUUCUCCUGUGCUGACUGUGGGAAGAGUUUUAUCUCAUCAUCUAAACUUACUAGACAUCAGUUAGUGCAUACUGGUGAGAAACCUUACUCCUGCUCCGACUGUGGGAAGUGUUUCUCUCAAUUAGAUUAUCUUAAAGUUCACCAGCGCAUACAUACUGGCGAGAAGCCUUACUCCUGCUCCGACUGUGGGAAGUGUUUCUCUCAAUUAGAUUAUCUUAAAGUUCACCCGCAUACAUACUGGCGAGAAGCCUUACUCCUGCUCCGACUGUGGGAAGUGUUUUGCUUCUUCAUCUGCAAUUAAUUUGCAUAGAAAAUGGCAUAUGGGUGAAAAGCCUUACUCCUGUUCUGACUGUGGGAAGUGUUUCAUUAGAUCGAGUGAUCUUACUAUUCAUAAAA